CGUGCGCGACAUCGCCUGGCAGCGCACGCCCCCGGAGAGCCCGGCGUUUCAAUAUUGAUCGCCCGUUAGGACGACGGCGGCAACAACAACAACCUUCAUCCAUUCGCGGCUAUCACUUCACAAAACACCACAUCCCUCCCUCCCGAGCCAGAAGCCAAAGGCGCUUGGUGUUGCCGCAAAUACGGAGCAAGAGUUCGGUCAGUUUCAAUGAAGAAACAUCUAUUCGCUCUGCAGCAUUCAUUUUGGGGGCGUGGGCAGGUGGAGGUGGGGAAAGAGCCUCGAGCUCGACAUUCGUCAACGUCGCCGCGCCGUCCUGUCGUCACAGAGAGAGAAGCGUUGGAAGGCCGCGGCGCGCUCCGUCCAACCGUCAGCGCGUCGCGCGGUGAGGUCAGUGCCCGGGUGGGGGCUGCGCCCUUGGAGACGGGCUUCGGUCAGACUGCAGCGGCAACGCCUCGGAGGAGAUGCAGGCAGAGCAGCUCCCGACCCCGCAGCAGGGCAAGUCGCAGCUGAACGCCGCCGCGGGAGACGGGCACCGGGAUGGGUCGCAGCCUGCGCCGCCCGCCUCCACGGCGGCAGAGGACGCAAAAAUGUCGAAUGAGGAACAAGAAAUGUCAAUAGAGGAACAAGAAAAUAAAGCCAGAGAUGGUGAUGCAAAGGCGCAGACUGAGGUUGGUAAAUAUUACCUGAAACUCGCUGACAAUAAGGAUGAAGAAUUGAACAACUGUACAGCUGUAAACUGGUUGAUCCAAGCUGCCAAACAAGGCAAAAAAGAAGCAGUAAAACUGCUUAGACUUUGCCUUGCAGAAAGGAAAGGCAUCACAUCUGAGAACGAGCAAGUGGUGAAGCAGCUAGCAGACGAGAGCGAGUUUGAGCGGGCUGUGCGGAAGGCUACCUUAAUUAUGUACCAGAAGCUGAAUCCAAAUCGAAAGAAGCAGGUUGCUGUCUCCGAAAUCCUGGAGAAUGUUAGUCACAUCAAUGCUGAAGGUAGCAAGGGAGAACCAGGCCCUGUCCCAAAAAUGCUGCAAAAAGAGAGGCGAGUGCUUGAACGACUGGUCAGCUUUCAAAGUAACAAGGACAUGAAGUUGGAUGAUUUUGUUGACAUCACAAAGAAAUAUGCUAAGGGCAUUAUCCCAUCUAACUUGUUAAUGCAGGGAGAGGAUGAUGGCCUUGAAGUGAAACCACCUGAAGAUUUGCCAUUUCACCAGAAGAUCAUGAAAUAUCCGCUCCAUGCCUUAAUGGAAAUAAAGGAACACCUAAUAGAUUUUGCCUCCAAAGCUGGAAUGCACUGGCUACAUACAAUUAUUCCACUUCACCAUGUAAAUGCCCUCAUCUUUUUUUUUAUAAUUAGCAACUUGACAAUCGGUUUUUUUGCUUUCAUCAUCCCUCUAGUCAUCUUUUACCUCUCCUUCAUCUCCAUGGUAAUCUGUACUUUGAAAGUCUUUCAGGAUAGCAAAGCGUGGGACAAUUUCAGGACAAUGACUGACUUGUUGCUGCGCUUUGAGCCAAACCUAGAUGUAGAACAGGCCGAGGUGAACUUUAGUUGGAGUCUUUUGGAACCCCACAUCCACUUCAUGCUCUCUGUGUUUUUUGUGAUUCUUUCAUUUCCCAUAGCAGACAAAGAUUGGAUUCCUUGUUCUGAGUUGGCAGUCAUUGCAAUUUUCUUCUUGGUUACAUCUUACAUGAGUCUGAGUACAAGUGCAGAACCAUUCACUCGAUGGGCUCUCAUUGUAGAGAUGUCAUGCUCGGUAAUAGGGUUCCUUCACUCUCUUCCUGAUAGCUGGUCCUACUUAAGAAUUUUUGGGGAACCCUUCAUAUCUAUACCGAUAGGUAAUACCUUCAUGUUGAAUGUUGGCAUUCCCUUUCUCUUGUACUUUUUCUUGUUUUACUUGUUCUUCAGAAUGGCACAAUUGAGGAACUUUAAAGGUACUUACUGCUACUUGAUUCCUUACCUUGUCUGCUUUAUGUGGUGUGAACUGGCUGUAAGCCUCCUGAAGAUAUCCACAGGCUUGGGUCUUAUUCGGGCAUCAGUUGGCUAUUUCCUGUUUCUUUUUGCUCUGCCAGUCCUACUUAUAGGUAUUGCAUUAAUGUUUGUGAUCCAAUUAAUAAAGUGGUUCAUGUCUAUGGCGUUGAUCAAGAUCAUUGUCACCCUCGUAUUGUGCACAAUUCCAGUUAUCCUGCACAUGUGGACAAAAGCAACUGGAACAUUAGUAGGGCUGGUUAAGUCCUUGACGAAGAGCUCCAUUGUCAAGCUCAUCCUGGUUUGGCUCACUGCAAUUAUGAUGUUCUGUUGGGUUUAUGUGUACAGAUCGGAAGGUAUGAAGGUGUACAAUUCCACUCUGACCUGGCAGCAGUACAGCUUUGUUUGUGGGCCUCGUGCCUGGAAAGAGGCUAACAUGGCUAAGGUGCAGAUCCUUUGUGGUCAUCUUGAAGGACAUAGAGUAACAUGGACUGGAAGGUUCAAAUAUGUCCGUAUCACUGAGAUUGACAACAGUGCAGAAUCUGCAAUAAAUAUGCUUCCUUACUUCUUAAGUGAUUGGAUGAGGUGCUUGUACGGUGAGACAUAUCCUGAGUGUGAUCCCAAAAAUGUGACUCUGAUGGAGGAAGAUCUUUGUCGGCUUAAAUUCCUCACCAAGCACACCUGUCAUCUUAAAAAGUUCUGUCGCUAUAAAUUUGAAAUAACCAUGGGAAUGCCUUAUGGUACAAAUGGGAAUGAGACUAUUGAAGAUGAUGCAACUAAAGAUAUUGUACUAAGAGCUAGUAAUGAAUUCAAGAAUGUUCUGCUGAACUUGGGGCAAGGAAGUGUGGUGGAAUUCAGUACCGUUUUAGAGGGCAAGUUAGGCAGUAAAUGGCCAGUCUUUGAACUGAAAGCCAUCAGAUGCCUCAACUGUAUGUCAAAGCUAACACCAGCAACAGCAAGACACGUCAAAAUUGAACAUGACUGGAGAGGUAUAGUGAAGCAAGCUUUCAAAUUUGCAUUCAAUUUCUUCUUUGCACCAUUCUUGUGCGCUAUCUAAAGCCAAAUUUUGUCCUCAAGUACGAGUUGUUAAUAUCUAUCCAACACUGGAUAAACUCCUACCUUUGAUUCCUUCAGAGGCAUGCUACAGAAUAUUCAUUAACAAUGCUGGAGUCCUUUCUAUUGAAAAGUAUGGGAACAUUUUCAGGCAAUAGAAAUGCGCAUUUACCAAGUCCAGUUUAAAGGUUAUCUGGACCAAAUCAUUCUGGUCAGAUUUGGUUUGGGAAAAAAUAAUUAGAAGUGGUUUGUGGAUUGCAGGACUUGGGAAACAUGCUUCAUUUGACCCUGAUUGGCCUUAGUGCAGAUACCAGCUAUUGUUUUAGUCCAAUCUUACUUUGCUAAGUAGAUGGAAAGAUUGAUAGUUAUCUAAGUGUGGUGAGCAUUUGUAAAAUACUAAGAACUUUGUAAACCAUUUAAGGGUAACUAUUCAUGAAGUAAACCUAUAUUAAACAUACGGUAUGCAUUGAACACACGGUAAACAGGAGCUAACAACAAAUGGUGAAGCAUGUAUUGACAUGGGAUGAUACACUGCCAUGGAUUAAUCUACUUAAGUGUAUUUGUGCAUCCACAUAUUUGCUGAAGAAACAUUUUAUAGCUAAAAUGUCCAUUCUCAAUCGUGUGGAAUUUUGGAUUUAUUCAACUUUUUGCCUUUUACAUGAAAGAGGGGGGAGUAGGAAACGAUGAAAUAUGAACAAAGUGCUUCCACCUAAAUAAGUUCAGGGAAGGGUUCAGUCACUGUACUUUGCUUCAUUAUCUUAAUUAUGAUUCCUAUUUGAGGUUGAAGUAAAAUGAUAAUGCAACAUUUCUCUUUUAAAAUUGCUUAAUUUAGAUUUGAAACUAUACAUGUAUGGAUGCUAGUGAAUUAUUGGACUCCAUACAGAAAUACUUGUAUUUUAAGAUGUGAUAUUUUAAUUGUCUAAUUCUAAUGGAUGGCCUAAAGUGAUAUGGGUCACCUUAUGUGGCAUUGUUGCAUCACUGGAGACAGUCUCAAUGGUCAGCACUUUAAAUUGUCAACAUUAAAUAAAUUUGAAAUAACAUUUUUAAGACUUGAAUCCACAGUAUAUCUAAUUGCAUCAGUGAUGGGAUAUGAAAAUUGGCUUUUGUUUUAAAAAGUAAAGAUGUUCUGUUCUCUCCACCCCCC